AUGAGCGACGGAACAAACGGUGCCCCGGAGCGUUUCGCUAUCGGUAUCUCUUUUGGCAACACCUCCAGUUCCAUUGCCCGCAUCAACCCUGAGGGCAAGCCGGAGGUUAUCGCCAACGAAGAAGGAGAUCGUCAAAUCCCUUCCGUCCUUUCAUACAUUGAUGGUGAGGAGUACCACGGUACUCAAGCCAAGGCCCAGUUGGUCCGCAACUCCCAGAACACUGUCGCAUACUUCAGAGAUUACCUUGGCAAGGACUUCAAGUCGAUAGACGCCACACCAUGCCAUAACUCGGCGCAUCCUCAGCCUCACGAGUCUACCGUUGCUUUCUCCAUUGUGGACUCUACCAACGAGACCCCCAGCACUGUCACCGUCUCCGAGAUUGCCACCCGCCAUCUCCGUCGUUUGAAGCAGUCCGCCUCUGACUACCUGGGCAAGGAAGUCAAUGCCGCCGUCAUCACUGUCCCCACUGACUUCUCCGAUGCUCAGCGCGAGGCUUUGACCGCCUCCGCUAAGGCUGCUGGCCUUGAGGUCCUCCAGCUCAUCCAUGAGCCUGUUGCCGCUGCCCUGGCUUACGAUGCCAGGCCCGAGGCUACUGUUACUGACAAGCUUGUUGUCGUCGCCGACCUCGGUGGUACCCGAUCCGACGCUGCUGUUCUCGCUUGCCGUGGUGGCAUGUACAGUAUCCUCGCAACUGCUCAUGACUACGAGUUGGGUGGAGCUUCGUUGGACAAGAUCAUCAUCGACCAUUUCGCCAAGGAGUUCAUUAAGAAGCACAAGACCGAUCCUCGCGAGAACGCUCGUGGUCUCGCCAAGUUGAAGCUUGAGGGUGAGGCUGCUCGCAAGACCUUGAGCUUGGGUACCAACGCCAGCUUGAGCAUUGAGAGUCUCGCAGAUGGCAUUGAUUUCGGCUCCACUGUCAACCGUACUCGCUACGAACUUCUCUCCGGCAAGACCUUCGCCCAGUUCACCGGCUUGAUCGAGCAGGUUAUCCAGAAGGCUGGUUUGGAUGUCUUGGACAUUGACGAGGUUAUCUUCGCUGGUGGUGCCUCUCACACUCCCAAGAUCGCCCAGCUGGCCCGCAACAUCUUCUCCGAGAAGACUAAGAUCCUUGCCCCUUCGACCUUCACUGGCGCUAUCAACCCCUCUGAGCUGGCCCCCAGGGGUGCCGCCAUCCAGGCCUCUCUUAUCCAGGAGUUCGAGCAGGAGGACAUUGAGCAAUCUAUCCACCCCAUGGUCACUGCCACUCCUCAUCUGAAGAACGCCAUUGGUGUCGAGUUCACCACCGGUGAGACCGUCGAGUUCCAGCCUCUCCUGAACACUGAGACCGCCCUCCCCGCUCGUCGUGUCGCUCAGUACAACGCCCCCAAGGCUGGUGGCGACGUUUUCAUUCGCGUUUGCGAGGGUGUCCGCGAGAUCAAGGUCACCAAGCCUGAGCCUAAGCCCAAGGAGGAGAAGCCCAAGACUGAAGAAGAUGAGGACGACUCCGACUUCGACUCUGACGAGGAUGAGGAGGAAGAGAUCCGUGAGAUCGUCUGGAAGACUGAGAAGCCCAUUGCCGAGCUUGCCGUCAAGGGCGUCAAGGCCGGCAGCAAGGUCGAGCUGAUGGUCCACGUCAACGCCGACCUGGGUCUGCAGAUCACCGCUCGCGAAGUCGGCGGCCAGAACGCCGUUCGCGGUGCUGUACAGGCUGCUUAA